AAUAUUAAUCUUUACAAACUCCUUUGAUCUCCACUUUCCAAAUUGCGAUUUUUUUCCCAACUUCUUCUUCUUCUAUUUUCCAAGAGCAAAUAAAUCAAAUGGCCGCCGUCACCUCCGCCGCCGUCGCCACCGCGCGCACUUCUCUGGUGCAGAACCGCCCGCUGCCGGCGGCUUCACCUGCCCCAUUCCUUCUUGGGUUGCCUGCCUUGGGAAAGAAGGGAGGAGUGAGGUGUUCAAUGGAAGGAAAGGGAAAUGGAGAAGUAGAAAACAAGUCAAGCAACUUGGGGAUGGGGGCAUCGUUGAUAGCUGCGGCGUGUGCUGCGACAAUGUCGAGCCCAGCCAUGGCUUUGGUGGAUGAGAGACUGAGCACUGAAGGGACUGGCCUUCCAUUUGGUUUGAGCAACAAUCUUCUUGGUUGGAUUCUCUUUGGGGUUUUUGGUCUCAUUUGGGCAUUCUACAUUGUUUACACUUCUACUCUCGAAGAGGAUGAAGAAUCUGGCUUAUCUCUUUAAGCCAAACUUUCCCAUCUUACUGGCUAUUAUUAUUGCUACUUUUGUUAUUGUUGUGGAUAUUUUGCCUUUGGCUUGAAUUGUGGAAGCUUUUGAAUUCAUAUCAUCCAAGCCUUUUGUUGGGGUAUCAAUGUAGAAAGAAGUAAAUGUGGUUCAUAGCUAUUAAGUUUCAUUCCUCCA